UAUUAGUUGGCUUGUUUCUUUCUGCUAUUUCGUCCUUUUUUUUUCUUUGUUUGAUUCUCUGGAGAAAAUGGGUAACCUGUUUUGCUGUGUGCAAGUGGACCAAUCCACUGUUGCUAUGAAGGGUUUUGGUAAGUUUCAGGUUGUGCUUGAGCCAGGAUGCCAUUGUAUGCCUUGGUUUCUAGGGAGUCAAGUGGCCGGACAUCUCUCUCUGAGGCUCCAGCAACUGGAUGUGCGCUGUGAGACAAAGACUAAGGACAAUGUUUUUGUCAAUGUCGUCGCAUCAAUUCAGUACCGUGCCAUUGUGGAAAAGGCAAAUGAUGCUUUCUAUAAGCUCAGCAACACUAGGACCCAGAUUCAGGCCUAUGUAUUUGAUGUGAUAAGAGCAAGUGUUCCCAAACUCAAUCUUGAUGAUGCUUUUGAGCAAAAGAAUGAAAUUGCCAAAGCUGUUGAAGAAGAACUUGAGAAGGCUAUGUCUGCUUAUGGAUAUGAAAUUGUUCAGACACUGAUUGUUGACAUUGAGCCAGAUGAGCAUGUGAAGAGAGCAAUGAACGAAAUCAAUGCAGCUGCUAGGUUGAGGGUGGCUGCUAAUGAGAAGGCUGAGGCAGAGAAAAUCCUACAAAUUAAGCGAGCUGAAGGUGAGGCUGAGGCCAAAUACCUCUCGGGUAUGGGUAUUGCCCGCCAGCGUCAGGCUAUUGUUGAUGGUUUGAGAGACAGCGUGCUCGGCUUCUCAGUGAAUGUUCCUGGAACAACAGCCAAAGAUGUCAUGGACAUGGUUCUUGUUACUCAAUACUUCGAUACCAUGAAAGAAAUUGGCGCUGCCUCCAAGUCGUCUGCUGUGUUUAUUCCCCAUGGACCUGGUGCUGUUCGUGAUGUGGCAACCCAGAUUCGUGAUGGACUACUUCAGGCUUCUGCAAGUUCAUCUUGAAGCAAAAACUAGUUACACCACCUGUUUAAUAUCAAGUUUUAGAUUUUGUUCAGGUUUGACCUCUGGAGACUCUUAAUUUUCAGAGCAUCUCAGUGGCUUGUGAAGCUUGAUGACUUCAAUUUUAGCAAUUUUAUGGGAUGAUUGUCCUCAUGGCUGUGUUUCCU